AUGGUCGCCCAGGACUUCGAAGCCGUGCUCAAGGGCAAGUACCCGGGCAAGUCGCACGCCAGCCGCGUCGUCGACCUGAUCCGCAAGAAGGACCCCAACGCCAACGGCGUGCUCUAUCUCGAGGGCCGCAUGACCAAGCUGCUCGAGGACAAUGACUCGCCCGAGCCCUUCCGCCAGCGCCGCUACUUCUACUACCUGACCGGCUGCAACCUCGCCGACUGCUACUUCACCUACGACAUCCAGGCCGCCAAGUCGACGCUCUUCAUCCCCCCGAUCGACCCCCACGACGUCAUCUGGUCCGGCCUGCCGACCACCAUCGACGACGCCCUCAGGCUGUACGACGUCGACGAGGUCAAGCUGACGACCGAGGUCAACGCGACGCUCGCCCACCUGGCCAAUGCCACCUCCAGCUCGACCAUCUACGCCAUCAACGGCCAGGUGUCGGACCACAUCACCUUCAUCGGCUUCGAGAACAAGGACUUUGCCCUGCUCAAGGAGGCCAUUGAAGUCUCUCGCGUCGUCAAGGAUGAGUUCGAGGUGGCCAUGAUCCGCAAGGCCAACCACGUCUCCAGCCUGGCGCACAAGGCCGUCGUCGAGAAGGCGAAGCAGGCGUCCAACGAGAUGGAGCUCGAGGCCGUCUUUCUGGAGCGCUGCGUUGCCAAGGGCGCAAAGAACAUGGCAUACCACCCCAUUGUUGCCAGCGGCACCGCUGCGGCGACCCUUCACUACGUCGCAAACGAUGCUCCCUUGGCGGGAAAGCAGAACCUGCUGAUUGAUGCCGGCGCCGAGUGGAACAACUAUGCAGCCGACAUCACGCGGACAUUCCCCCUCAAUGGCAAGUUCACCAAGGAGGGUCGCGAGAUCUACGACAUCGUCUACAAGAUGCAGCAGGAGUGCAUUGCCGUCAUCAAGGCCGGCAUGUACUGGGAAGAUGCCCACAUCCUGGCCCACAAGAUUGCCAUCGACGGUCUGUUGGCCCUGGGCAUCCUCAAGGGCGACAAGGACGAGAUCUUCAAGGCCAGGACCAGCCAGGCCUUCUUCCCCCAUGGCCUGGGCCACUACCUGGGCAUGGACACCCACGACACGGGCGGCAACCCCAACCGCCAGGAUCCCGACGUCAUCUUCCAGAACCUGCGUCUGCGCGGCCAGGUCCCCGCUGGCGGUGUUGUAACUGUCGAGCCUGGUGUCUACUUUUGCAAGUUCAUCAUCGACCCCUACCUGGAAAACCCUGAACACAGCAAGUACAUUGAUGCCGAUGUGCUCGCCAAGUACUGGGACGUUGGCGGUGUCCGCAUCGAGGACAACGUUCUCGUCACCGAGACGGGCUACGAAAACCUCACCACGGCAAUCAAGGAGCCGGGCGAGCUGGAGGCUCUCAUGGCGGCUAGCUAG